AUGAAGGUCGUGGGUGGAUUGGCUCUCGUGGCCAGUGUGUCGCUCGCCCAGGCGCUGUCGACCGUAUCCUUGACGGCAGCAGAGAGCACCGUUACUUCUUCUUCCUUGUUUUCAUAUGAGUCAUUGCAGUUGACCGCAAGUGCACUCCAAGAUGUCUCUCAGACCUUGCAGAACCAGACCGUUGCUAGCUAUUUCAACUUUGCGAAUACCACCAACUCGAGCACUGUGGUGUCUAAGCGAAGUGUCAAGCACAGCUGCAAGCCUCUACCUGGUGAUCUGCUGUGGCCUGCGAAGCUUAUUUGGGAGGUCUUUGAUCUGCUUCUCGGUGGCAGCCUGAUCAAGACUGUUCCUCUGGCCGCCUACUGCUACCCAGAUUGGCCCGAAUACGAUGCCACCAUGUGUGCGAGCAUCACAGCGGAUUGGCUUGAAUCAAACUUGCAUAUGAGUGACCCUACAUCCAUCAUGUUGCCUUUGUACGAAGGUCGCACCUGUAUGCCCUCGCCGUACAACUACACCGGCACCUGCGAGCAAGGUGCCUACCCUGCGUACGCUGUGAACGUCUCCACUGUGGCUCAGAUCCAGCUGGCUGUCAACUACGCCCGCAACCUCAACUUGCGCUUGGUUGUCAAGAACACUGGCCAUGACUUUAAUGGUAAGGCCUCUGGCAAGGGGGCCCUUACCAUCUGGACUCACUACCUCAAGGACAAGGAGUAUCUCCCUACCUACAGGGCCGCCAAUGGAUAUGUUGGUCCUGCCAUUAAGUUUGGCUCCGGUGUCCAAGUCUGGGAGGCUUAUGAGUUUGCCAAGUCUGUCGGCCACUCGGUUGUCGGUGGAGAGGCUGUUACCGUCGGUCUGGGUGGUGGCUAUACUGCUGGUGGUGGUCACUCUCCCCUGUCCAGUUUAUACGGAAUGGCAGCCGAUCAGGUUCUUUCAAUGCAAGUUGUUCUUGCAGAUGGUCGUUUCAUCACUGCCAGCUCCACCGAGAAUUCAGAUGUCUUCUGGAUGCUCCGUGGUGGAGGUGGUAGUACCAUCGGUGUCGUUACCUCUUUGGUUGUUAAGGCCUUGCCCAAGCUGGAGACCACCACGGUGACCUUCAACUUUACCGUUGCUGAUACCCCUGGCCCAGAUGCUUUCUGGGCUGCGGUUGGCUCAUACCUUGAUAACUUUGAAGCCUUUGUUGAUGCUGGUACCUACGGCUACUACUACAUCGGUGGUGACUCGGCUGAGAUUGGAACUGCCUACGCAGGAGAUACUGACUAUUACUUCCGCAUGGAGUCCUUCGUUGCACCCAAUAUGAGCGUUGCCGAGACUAAGGCUCUCAUUGCUCCCUGGUUCGAUGUUCUUGACAGCCUGAACGUCACCUACACUCCGUGGUACAACAAUGCCGACAACUUCCACGAUGCUUGGGUGGAAGCUUUCCCCCAAGAAUAUGUCGGAACCGAUAUCGUCAAGACCGCUUCCCGUCUGCUCCCCCGUAGCGUCUUCCAAAGCGAUGAUCUCCGCAACCAGACCUGGGCUGCCUACAAGGACGCCGUGGAUCAGGGUCUCUUCCUUGCCGGCUUCCACAUCAGUGGCACCGGUAUUGCCGUCGAACCACCAAAGGACAACGCAGUGCUGCCCGCAUGGCGCGACGCCAUGACUCACAUCAUUGUGGGCUCUGAGUGGAACUUCACCAGCUCCUGGGAUGUGAUUGAGAGCUCCUCGCUCUUUGUGACCGAGUGGAUGGAUGUGCUCCGCGAUAUCGCUCCCGACUCCGGCGCCUACAUGAGCGAGGCCGAUCUUCUCGAGCCUAACUUGCAGGAAGCCUUCUACGGCACCAACUACCCGCGUCUCUAUGCACUGAAGCAGAAGUAUGACCCCACUGGUCUUUUCUUUGCGCUUACUGCCGUCGGUGCGGAGGACUGGGAGGUUCAGACUACUGAUCCGCUUCCCUAUUCGUGGAACAACAACGGACGGUUGUGCCCCAAGUCAUCCUAA